UUUCCCUUUCCCUGUGCGGGCGACAGGAAAAAAUAGGGAACCUCAUUAAUAUUUCAACAUCAGUAUCAGCCAUUGACGCCAUAGCUCGCUUCCUUCUUCUGCUUCCAAGUCCCUCUACUGCUCAACUAACUUUGACGCCUCAAUAAUUCCAUUUCGAUUCUUCUAUCCGCUUCCUUCUUCUGCUGGGCGCGCCAAUUUUUCAGAAGCUUAAUUCGCGAGGAAUUUGCGUUCCCCAUGGCCGAAGCUUCUUCCAAAGACGACCUACUCCAGCUCAUCAAGCGCUUCGGGGCUUAUCUCACUCUCAAGAUCUCUAAUUUCCUCCCUAUCUCUCUCUACAAUCUGGAUUCACGAUCUGUUGGGGCUAUUGCUGGAUUUGCUGUUGCAAUAGUUUUUACAUGGAGGCUGUUGAGAUCACCUAAUGGACAUCAGAGACGACAAUCUAAAAGGCAAAUGCCUGCACCUAGCAGCUCUACUUCUAGUGUUGGGUUAAAUUCAAAUGCACAAUUAAUAUCUUCUGGAGAUUGUUCAUCUUCAGAGGAUUUACGAGCGCAAAAUGUUGUUGAUGAAUUCUUCCAACCAGUCAAGCCAACUCUGGGCCAAAUAGUGAGGCAAAAGUUAAGUGAAGGAAGAAAGGUCACAUGUCGUUUGCUUGGAAUAAUUCUUGAGGAAAGCAAUCCAGAGGAUCUGCAGAAACAAGCAACUGUGAGGUCCUCGGUAUUGGAAGUACUAUUGGAGAUAACGAAAUAUUGUGAUCUUUAUCUCAUGGAAACGGUGCUGGAUGAUGAGAGUGAAAAAAGAGUUCUUUCAGCACUUGAAGAUGCCGGGGUUUUCACAUCUGGUGGUUUGGUAAAAGACAAGGUUCUCUUCUGUAGCAAGGAGAACGGACGAACAUCUUUCGUGCGUCAACUGGAACCCGAUUGGCAUAUAGAUUCCAAUCCCGAAAUCGUCUCGCAGUUGGCUAGGUUCAUCAAAUAUCAACUUCAUGUAGCUGCAAUCCGACACGAGCGGACCGGUUCUAACGUUUUCAGCUCUCCAUCCUUGGAACAGUUCUUUGGAAACAUUUGACUGGAAACCAGUUCAGGAAUGGAAUUAAUUUUCAAAAUAUUUUCUCCAUUUUAUUUGGGCCUUGUUGGUUGUAAGUGCAAUGGUUCUCUAUGGCUAGAGAACCAAGCCAGCUGAGUUUGGGUAUUAGCACAGAUAGGUGUAUCAUGUCUUUUCUUUUGUUUCUGCAAAGAUCUUCUGAGUUGAUCUUGUGUUAUAUUUGACAUAGCAACUUCACGUCCCAUUAAAAGCUCCAAAUUUAGCUGAUAUAUGUAAUAAUAUAUAUUAUUUAUUAGAUCA